AUGGCGCCCGAAACACCAAGCAACAUCCGCGUCUUCAUCCGCUGGCACGAUCAGACUGUAUUUGCCGGCGAGGAAGUCAAGUGUACGAUUACUUUUAAGAACAUAACGCCUGGACCGGGUCAAUCGAAACAACCGCCGCAACAGUCAGAACGAAGUCGACUGGCCUCGCCCUUGCAUGGCCGACAGAAACCAAGUCAAGGCUUAACCCCGCCGCCGUCGGCAUCGUCGGGCAGAGGACAUCGUCGUUCUGCCCUCUCUUUAAGUGUCCCUGCUUCACAAUCACAUAGCAGGACAGGCUCAGUGCAAUGGCCGUCAUCACCGAGUUCGAGUGAUCGUCGUUCGAACCACUCUCACAAGCGCUCUGUCUCUAUUGUCUCAAUCGGAUCUAAUAAUACUGUGGAAGACCACACACAACGAAAUGAUUUACCCGCACGACCUCAAAGACCGCAUCGCGGCCACGGACGCGCUUCAAGUUUACAAAUAAUUCCUCGAGCCCAGAGUAACCUCCCUACUGGGCCCCAUUCCGCAUCCUUCUCUCCUCGCCUUUCGAGCUCUCCUUUAUUCCACGCCUCAUAUCCUCCGCCUGACCGAUUUGGCCGUGUAUCUCGCCCUCCAAUAACAUCCCAUGCCUCCAAUAUAGCAGGCCAGCGAAGGCCCUCUCCGCAACAAACACCACCAGAACACCCAAUGCCGGAGUUUCGCUUUCCCGCAGCUCCUUCGCCGAGUCGAGAAAUGCGUCCAAGCAUGUCUAGAAGAUCAACGAACGAAAACAUGCUCAGCCCUAGAAAUGCUGUGGGUGAUCCGAGCGGAUUGGCGAUGCGCCUCAAAGACGGUGUCCCAACUAUUAGCGAACAAUCCGCUCCUGCAGCUCGCAUUCUAGCCAGCAGCGGUAUCCUGGGAGGAACACCGAGGAGCAGUGGGGAGUUUUACUCUGUCAGCAACAACUCGUCAGAGACUCUGGUUUCGGAAUAUGUCACGCAGCAACCAGCCAAUCGGGGGCACGGACGACCACUCCGGAGAAGUCUUGGUAUGCCUGCGCCGCAAUCGAGAGCACCGGAGUCCUUGAUGAUGGGAUAUGCUCAGUUGCAAGGAUCUUUCUCGCUAGACGGAUCUCUGGUGAGCCUUAGCCAAUUCGAUCAAGUCAAAAAGAAGGCCAUUGUUGGUCAGGGCGGUGGCGUUGUCGGUCUUGAAACCAAACGUGACAGCGGCCUACUGGGAGGCUUCGGAUGGGGUCGAAUCAGUAGCUCAAUCGGCGACUUGCUGGGAGGAGGAGAGCUGAGCACUAUCAAAGAAAUGCGAGGUGUUGCAAACUCAAAAUCUGUGCCUCUCUUAACUACGCCACAGUCUAUUCUAUUUGUGGACCUGCAACUGGCACCAGGAGAAAGCCGAGUUUUUGAAUACUCUUUUCGGCUUCCAAAAGGUCUUCCUCCCUCACACCGUGGAAAGACCGUCAAAAUCACAUACAGCUUGGUCAUUGGCACACAAAGAGCCGGAGGAACGAAAGAACAACAGGUCAAAUCUGUCGAAGUUCCUUUCCGAGUGUUGGGAAGCGUCAACAGCCACGGCGAGAUUCUGGGACAUGAUUUGAUGAACCCUUAUAUCCUGUUACAGGAUCAAGCUCAAGUCAAAAGUCCACCGAACAGUGAUAAGAGUGGUUCAAAGACGAACGGCAAUGCAGCGAAAGGACAGCAGCCAGCAUUGAACGACUUUUUACUUUACGUGGAAGACCUAGUUCACCGACCUCGAGAUGAAAGCGGUAGUAUUGUUCUGUCACCAGGUGCCGGUAACUCUAGGCGACCAUCGACAAAUGAAGAAGCCAGUACUGCACACGACUCUAUUCAUAUGGCAAUCAUGCGAAGUAACAUGACAUCUGGCGGGCAGCAGAGCCCAAACCGAUUCGAAAUUGCUCGAAAUGGCCAAAGAGUGGGAGUGGUGAUGCUCACGAGACCUGCUUACCGAUUGGGAGAAGUAGUGACAAUGGCGAUUGACUUCACAGAUGCGGAUAUACCAUGCUACGCAGUACAUACAACACUGGAAACGUCAGAGAAGGUAGACCCGUCUUUGGCUAUACGCUCCGAGUCGAGCAUUCAUCGAGUGACACGAAAGGUUUACUCAUCAUCCUCUGAAGCGACAAUGUAUUCACGGCGGGUCACCUUCAAACCGACGAUUCCAAUUACUGCAACUCCAGAGUUCGUCACCAGUGGAGUAAGCCUUGAGUGGAAGAUUCGCAUCGAGUUUGUGGUGCCAUCCACUGGAAACGAUUCACCUGACGAGGGUGAGAGGCGAGCACCUCAUCCACUUUUGGAGCAGAUCUCACAAGAUAACAAGGGAGGAACGGUCCUUGUAGCCGUUGAGAACCUAAUAUGCGAGAGUUUUGAGAUUGCCGUACCUCUACGUGUUUAUGGUGCGGUUGGCACAGGCCUUGAGCGCCUUGAGCGGGACGAGGCGUCUGAAGAGGGGCUUGCUGUCUGA